CCGCGGUGCUGCCGGCUCCCCGCGCUCCCGGCAGCGAUGCAGCGCUGCAGGGCUGGAGUGGCUUUCCAGGACUGAACUCUGCGGAUUGGCCCGGAGCACCCCGCUCUCCUCCCUCCCUGCCCUCCCUCCUCCAGCACCCACAACCCACAGAGAUUGGACAGCUUGGUGCCACAUGGCAGAGAGGAACCAGCAUAAAAAAAUGAGCCGGGCUCGGGGGUUGUAGAGUCCGCGGCAAAGCAGGCGGGAGAAGUUUGCGGAGCGGUGGCACCAACAUUCCCCGGCUGCGCUGAGUCAGUGCAGGGAGGACAGACAGACAGACACACACAGGGGCUGCAGUCACCCAGGGACACCUGCGGGGUGAGCACCAGCUGCGGAGCAUCCUGUCCCCUCCGUGCCAGCCAUGUCCCUGGUGGGGAAGGAGAAGAACCACGUCCGGUUGGUUUUCCUGGGAGCCGCCGGCGUGGGCAAGACCUCGCUCAUCCGCCGCUUCCUGAUGGACACCUUCGAGCCCAAGCACCGGCGCACGGUGGAGGAGCUGCACAGCAAGGAGUACGAGGUGUGCGGGGCCACGGUCAAGGUGGAGAUCCUGGACACCAGCGGCAGCUACUCCUUCCCGGCCAUGAGGAAGCUCUCCAUCCAGAACAGCGACGCCUUCGCCCUGGUCUACGCCGUGGAUGACGCCGAGUCCUUCGAGAGCGUCAAGAGCCUGCGGGAGGAGAUCCUGGAGGUGAAGGAGGACAAGUUCCCUCCCAUCGUGGUGGUGGGCAACAAGGCGGAGAGCGGCGGCGAGCGGCAGGUGCCGGCGGAGGACGCGCUGUCGCUGGUGGAGCUGGACUGGAACAGCCGCUUCGUGGAGACGUCGGCCAAGGACAACGAGAACGUCCUGGAGGUGUUCAGAGAGCUGCUGCAGCAGGCCAACCUGCCCAGCAGGCUCAGCCCCGCGCUCUGCAAGAGGAGGGAGACGCUGCCCAAGGAGCAGGCGCUCAGGCCGCCCAUGAACAAGACCAACAGCUGCUCCGUGUGCUGAGCGGCCGCCCGGGGCCCGGGGAAGGCACCGGCACCGGCACCGGCUGGAAACUCAGGUGGGCUGGGUGGGAGAGGCACUGCCUCGGCCAAAACCUCCCCUGCUGCCUCCCACCCCUCAACCCUCCUCUUCCCCACCCAGCCCACAGGAGCGGAGGGUUGGCGAGAAGGUGGGAUGCCGGAUGGGUGUGGGGAAUUCCCAAAAAAGCAGGAGGAGGCUCACCUGGGGAGCAGCCGUGGGUCAGCCAGGGCGCUGAGGGGGAGCUGGCAGGCACGGGCAGGGGGGACCAACGCCAGGGCUCUGGCAGAUGUGGGCACCAGCCCUGCCAGCGCUGCUGUCCCAGGGCGCUCAGCUCUGGUGUCACCUCGUCCCAAGCAUCUCCAACCUCCUGGCAUGGCUCUGGCACCCACAGCACAUCCAGUGUCCGAGCAGUCCCGAGUCUGUACCUGCUGUAGAGCAUGUGAUAGGUUGGUCUGUGCAUCAGUUUGGUUUUCUCUGUUCUCUUUCUGUUUGAGUUGUUUGUCUUUUUUUUAAGCAUUCCCAAUAAAUUGUUGCAAAGUGGAGCUGGAAAAUGUCUCAGUUUCUUUCUCCUGUAUUUCAGGUGCUGCAGUGCUUGCUAUCAGUGUUUUAUCUUCUUAUCACUGCAUUUUGCCUUCCCUCCUCUGUGCUCCAGCCUCAUGUGGAGUAUCCUGGCACUGGAAGAGCCUCCCCUGGCACUGCCAGGACAUUCAGGGUUAUAAUUUUUCUAAUAAUUUACCCACACUGAAGUUUUUACCAGGCAGCAGAGACCAAGAAUAAAACACCUUCUCACCUCUGAGUGCAGAAAAUAACAUCCAUCCAUUAAAAGGCAGCUGAUCCACUGAAACAAAAACACAAACAUGUUAAAAGGAGAUAAUAAACGGCACAGGGGGAGGCACAGAAGAGCUGUGUUUGCUGUUCUGAGUGUGCCCUGAACUGAUUUACCCUCCCCUCACACAGCCCAGCCUGGCUGUAAUGAGCACUUAACCUCAGCAGCCACACACACACACACCAGAAAUAGAGAUAUCAAAGCUUGAUGGAUUAAAGAGUCACCCCCCAGAUCCUGACCCUGAUGGGCAGUCUGGGGUCUUUCAGAAGCCCAGCACUACAGGA